CUCCAACCCAAAACACGUUCUAUCUUUUUUUGGAAACCCAUUAUUUCCAUUUUUUAUUCCUCUCUUUUUUUCUCACCAUUUCUUUUUCUCUUUUUCUUUACCUAUAAAAGGGUCCCUCCUUGACCUUUGAUGCUUGAUAAAUGCUUCCCAGAAAACUCUCACUUUCAAAAUCACAAGAAAAAACGCAUCAUUAGAUUAAGCUUCUUCAAGAAUAUGGGAAGAGGGAAGAUUGUGAUCCGAAGGAUCGAUAACUCGACGAGCAGGCAAGUCACUUUUUCAAAGCGAAGAAAUGGGCUGUUAAAGAAGGCGAAGGAGCUGGCUGUUCUUUGUGAUGCUGAAGUUGGUGUCAUCGUUUUCUCGAGCACCAGCAAGCUCUAUGACUAUGCGAGCACCAGGUACAAUCGAAGUAGUAGUAACGUUAGCAUGAAAUCCGUCAUGGAACGCUACCACAAAGCCAAAGAGGAACGCCACCAGCUGCUUAAUCCGUUGUCAGAAGUCAAGUUUUGGCAAAGGGAAGCAGCAAUGCUAAGGCAUGAAUUACAAAACUUGCAGGAAAGUCAUAGGCAAUUAAUGGGUGAAGCCCUCUAUGGGUUGAGCGUCAAAGAUCUUCAAGAUAUAGAGAACCAACUGGAGAUGAGUUUACGUGGGAUCCGCAUGAAAAAGGAGCAAAUACUCACGGACGAAAUCCGGGAACUAACAAGAAAGGGGAACCUCAUCCAUCAAGAAAACCUGGAACUCUAUAAGAAGGUAAACUCAAUUCAACAAGAUAACAUCUCAUUACAUGAGAAGGCUUACACCAUUGGAAAUCCGAAUGCCGCAAAUGGGAGCAAUAACUACAAUGUUCCUUAUGGACUUGCCAUGGCGGAUCAGGGACGCCCCAUUCCUAUCGGUCUCCAACUUAGCCAGCCCGACCCGCAAAAUUUCCUUUCCUCAUCAGGCACAACUGAAUGACGAAUAAUUAAGAAAUGAAUUAUGGCAUCAGAUUCUGGUUCCUCUUCGAAGUCACGCCCCGGGCCUCCUAACUGAAUCAACUGCUGGUAUUGCGAACUUGUACGUCUAGGGAGCGCUUAUUAGUUUCUUCGACUUCUCGUCGUGUGUUAUUCUCUUACCUUAAUUUUGCCAAUCAAUGACGGCAAUAAUAUUUCACAUUUGCACAAAUAGCAUUGACAAAUGUUUACUAGUGUAAAAAUUGCCAAAAAAAAAAGAAAAAUGUAAUAUGAUGUUUCUGCUUUUCGAAUAAAACUGUGCAUUUCUGACUAUUAAUUAACAUCCCUGAGUGUGUAAGCAUUGUGUUGUCUUGUAAUAGAUUUUAAGCUUCGAUCUCUUAUUUGUCUCAGAAUAACGCUUCAAAUUCACAAGUUUUUGUGGGGAAUUUCUCGUGCAACAAAGUCAUGAAGGUGGUCCUAAGAAAGUAAUGGCUUCUUAAUACUGUAUUUGACUAAUUCACCAGUACUUCCCUCUUCGGAUGAGUCGAAUUUCGGUAGCUCAAGCCUCAAUUCGAAGAAGUAAUGAUUUUAUUGGGAUGUUAUCUAAUUGCAUCAUUAGGGAGGUUAAUUAUUUGGAAAGGAUUUCAAACAGUGAGAUAAUUGUCCUAUAUAGGAGUACUUAAUAAUUUUCCUGUAAUCUUCAAUAAAAGUACUCCCUCCGUCCCAUAAUUAUUGUCCAGUUUUACUAAAAUAUAAGAUUUUAUUUUUGGUCAAAUUUAACCAUAUUUUUAUUUAAUCUUCUAAAUAUACCCCUGCAUACAUGGUAUAAUCGGCAAAGGAUUCAACUUCCAUAGCUUCUCUCACACACGACACCCAAUUUCAAAAAUCAAACCAAGUUCAAAACACAAGAGCAUCACCUUCGUUUAUUCGUCUUUCACACGCCUGGAAAAAAGUCAAAUCAAAUUCUCUCUAUCGAAGAAUUUUAAAUUUAGAGAAUUUUCCUCACCAUAUAGAUGCAUAGAAUUCUUCAAUUGUCAGGUCAUCUCAUUCUCUAGGGCCAAUCGAAUUUGGGAAAGUUGUUACUCCGAGUUACAGAUGUUCCUCCAGGCGAUUCUUGCUGAAAAAUAUGGUUCGAAUCGAUAGCAGUUUUGAUUCGGGAUUUGGUGGAACUUCUUAAGUUGAAUUUUAUUUUGACCCGAUUGAAAUGUCGGAUUGUAAUUUUGAUUCAUCUGAAACUACUUAUUCCAAUUCUCUUAAGAAGAAGCUUCACAAUUCUACGGAGGUGGAAGAAUUGAAGAAAUGAGGUUAAAGGAAUGUGUAAUCGGGUGAGCAAAAGAAGCUUUUGGCUGCAAAGGUGUAAGAACGGAAGAGAUGGGUGAAGGUCUGUAAUCGGCGGUGGAUUAAAAAGAUGAGGCAACGGAUUUGGAAUCCAUGGUGCACGACAGAAGCCAAAAGGCCAUGGGUUUGAAGAGAGAGGAUUUACAGAUUCAGCUAUUCUUUUUCUUUUUCUUUUUUUUUUUUCUUCCUAUCAAACGAUAGAAUUGGACCAAAUAACUUGUGAAGGUUAUACAUGUAAUUUAAUCCAUAAAAAGUCAAAUCAGACAAUAAUUUUGAGACAAAAGUUUUUUCACAAACUGGACAAUAAUUAUGGGACAGAGCGAGUAUGUUUUGUUAAAAAAAUAUA